CAGUGCGGCGUUAAACAUGGCUGCUCUCAGUAAGUCCAUACCUCACAGCUGCUAUGAGAUCGGACACACAUGGAGUACCUCAUGUACGACCUCUACACUGCAGGUGACAGCCGGUGCCCUGGAAGCCUCCUUCAAAAUAUAUGCUCCUCUUUAUCUGAUUGCAGCCAUCCUAAGACGAAGGAAAAAGGAUUAUUACAAGAAAAGGCUGGUUCCUGAGAUCCUGCAAUCCACUUCUUUCCUGACCGCAAAUGGGGGCCUCUACAUUGCAUUCUUCUGCAUUCUUCGGAAGUUGCUGGGACGUUUCUACUCCUGGUCAGCUGGUUUUGGUGCAGCACUGCCUGCCUCAUACAUCGCCAUAUUAAUAGAACGGAAAAGCAGGAGAGGACUUCUAACAAUUUAUAUGGCAAACCUGGCAACAGAGACGAUUUUUCGUAUGGCUGUCACAAGGGGUCUCAUUAAUCCUAUGAAACACGGAGAGGUUCUUCUCUUCUGCCUGACUGCAUCUCUUUACAUGUUUUUCUUCAGAUGUAAAGACGGACUAAAUGGCUUUGCGUUCUCUGCCUUAAAAUUUAUUGUUGGAAAGGAGGAGAUCCCAACACACUCUUGUCUGGCCGAGCAGACAUACCCACAAGGCUCAGAGAGAGCCGUGGUACCGCCAGAGCAAAGACCAGAGCGCACACCUGCCUCUAGGAAGAGCUGCAUCAGAGCACUUGCACGCAGACUGCUAGAUUCAGUAUGCAAACAUGGACCCAGGCAUAGAUGUUGCAAACACUAUCAAGACAACUGCAUCUCCUACUGUGUUAAAGGGUUCAUCCGGAUGUUCAGUGUGGGUUACCUCAUUCAGUGCUGUCUGAAGGUGCCAUCAACAUUCAGACAGGUCUUUACGAAACCCUCUUCCCUGCUCUUGCUACUCUACAACAAAGAGAACUUCCAGCUAGGAGCUUUCCUUGGAUCUUUUGUCAGUAUAUACAAGGGCACAAGCUGUCUACUGAGAUGGAUGCGUAACCUGGAUGAUGAGCUCCAUGCUCUUAUAGCAGGUUUUCUUGCUGGGACCUCAAUGUUCUUCUACAAGAGCACCUCCAUCUCAAUGUACCUCUUCUCCAAAUUAGUGGAGACGCUAUAUUUCAAAGGAAUCGAAGCAGGCAGGUUUCCGUACUUCUCUGAGGCGGACACAAUCAUUUAUGCAAUCUCCACCGCCAUCUGUUUCCAAGCGGCUGUUAUGGAAGUGCAAAAUCUGAGACCCUCAUACUGGAAGUUUCUACUGCGGUUGACGAAGGGCAGGUUUGCUCUGAUGAACAGAAAAGUGCUUGAUACGUUUGGAACCGAGUCUUCCAGAAACUUCGGUGACUUCAAACCUAAACUGGACCCCAGAUACGUGCUAUGUCCAAUGGACAUGGAUGUGCAGCUGGGCUGACAGACCCUGGGACACCAGGAAUGACACAAAGGCACGGAAAACUCUCGAUAUUGCACACACUAUUACAUUCUCUCGUCUUGAAACUCUAUGUCAUUAAAUGGGAAGUGAAUGUGUGAAGGCAGUAAUAUGUUUACUUUAAUGAUGAUGAUGAUGAUAUAAAACAUUUUGUUAUGUAAUCACUGCAGGCAAUACGUGACCUCUGUGUGCAUGAUAUCAGCACUGGUUCAACUGAAGAUAAUUUAAAGUUCAUAGGAAUGGUUGCUUGUUAUUUACUACAUUCUCAAGGGCACAAUGGUGACGGAGAAUGUGUUCACACUAACUCAGAACUUCCUGUAUGUUCCCUGCACAGGAUUUGACCUGCAAUCUUUGUGUAUCAUAACCACUAGGCUUUGAGAUUAAUUUUGUUUUUAAUGUUUUUUAAUCCGAUGUAUUGAAAUGUUCAGACACUGCUGUUUAAAACAUGGCGUCGUGUACCUCCUGAAGGUUAUACUGGGAUGCUGGAUAAUUUUUGGUCAUUUUCAUUUCAAAUUCUGUCUUGGUUACCAAAAUUAAGCAAAUCAGUAAUUAACUUUCUUUAUCUGCCACAGUCACAUUAUGCAGGUUAGACCAUCAGAAAAAGAUCUUACUGACAUCACUGUUGGAUUAGAUCUCUUCUUUAUACUCCGCAUGUUCUUUGUCCUUAGAGAUAGAAAUAUAUUGAGACAUUCUCUAUAACUUAAGUAGAGGCGUAAAAAUAUACUAGUACAAAAACCUUUAAUUGCAGAUUUACUAUUCACAGAUAUUCUUUUGGCAGAUUAUCACUUAUUUGAAUGGACUUUAGCCUUCACUUUCUCUAGCAGAGCUUUUUGAAUUAGCAAUAACAAUAUAGAGUAAAAUCGUACAAUAUAAUCAGCGUCUUGCUGUGUAUUUGAAACUGUAAUUUAUGUAAAAAGAAAAAAACCUUAUGUCUUUGAUGUUUGUAUAA